GGCCGCCCAUCCGCUGCCCGCCUCGCACUCCACGCACCCGCUCUUCGCUUCGCAGCAAAGGGAUCCCUCCACCUUCUACCCGUGGCUAAUACACCGCUACCGGUAUCUGGGCCACAGGUUCCAAGGUACGUGAAACUUUGCCUCUUUCCCCUACACCUGGGCCGGGCGAGGGGCGGUGGGGCUGCGCUGGGCUCCGUCUUUGCUUCCCCCCCUCCCGGUUCCGACCUCGCGGAGCUGUCCGAGAGAGGGUUCCCGACUCCGUUCUUUUCGGUUCUGCUCCCGCUUCGGUUCGUUUUCCCUUCGUGGAGGGGGCACGGCCGGGUCUGACUUCGGCAGGGCUUAUUUAUUCCCGAAAGAACCGGGGGUUAAACCCAGGACGGAUGUUUUAAUGCAAACGUACGGAGGAAGAGACGCGGAGGAGAGGGCUGGAGGGGUGCGGGACCCCCGCCGUAGCCCGGCCCUGGCCCAGGGAGAGGAGAUGGGAAACCCAAAGCCCGGCGCAGGGGCGACCCGAGGAGAUGGGGCUGCGGAGAGCCGCGCUGCGGGGGGAGCCCGGAGCUGCCCGGUGGAGAACAACCUCCGCGGGGAAAGAACCAAAUCUAUGGCGCACGAUAAAUACCCCCCCUCCCCCCUCCCGCUUUAACUCUUUGCAAAUGGCAAAGCCUUCUGCCAGGGGUGAGCCGGUUUCUCCCGCAGUGGGUCCGGUUCUGCUUCUUAGUUUCGUAAAACAACAAAACUGAAACAAACAAACAAAAAAUCCAUCAGCCUCCACUCGGAGGACCCCAUCCAGAUACAUAUUUUUAGAUUUUUCUUAUUCUAUUUUUUUCCCCCGCUAUUUUCCUUUAUUAUUCCCGAACGAAACCCACCCAUCUGCGGGUCUCCUCUCCCGGCUGCCCCGAGCGCGGCACCGGGGGGAGCGGAGCGGCUCCGCGCGGGCGGAGAGCGGCCGUCGCCUCCCGCAACGAAGUGAGGGGUUUCGCUCACCGGGCUGUUUGUCGCAAUCAUCCCGCGAUUGGUACAGAGCUGCGGAUGAAAGGCGGAAAUGCGCCGGUGUUGAGCCCCAGCCUGCUCCCAGCACACCCUCCUCCCGCAACGAUUCUUAACGCGUUUACGGAGAGGGACUCUCGGUGCCUUCCCCGCCUCGUAGGGAGCGAUCCGAGUGCGGCGGGGACCGAACCGAGGGGGGAGAAAUCCGCAAGACGAACUCCGGCCCCGCAGCAGGCCGACCCGGCCGCUCGUUUCUCGAAGUUUCUGGCCCUGCCGGACUGGGCACCGGGGGCCACCGGGAGGCAGCGAGAGGAAGCGGGGCGGCCGGCGGGGAGGCCCAUUGCCGGCUCCGGGGGCGGCGGAGCGGAGCGGGGCGGUGGGGAUCGGCCGCGGCCGCACGGAACCUCUGUGCCGGCGGCAGGAAAAGAAAUCGGGAACGAGACCAGCCCAGAGAGCUUCCUCCUGCACAACGCUCUGGCCAGGAAACCCAAACGGAUCCGUACAGCUUUCUCCCCGUCCCAAUUACUGAGACUGGAACAUGCCUUUGAGAAGAACCAUUAUGUGGUGGGAGCGGAGAGAAAGCAGCUGGCACACAGCCUCAGCCUCACGGAAACUCAGGUAAAAGUAUGGUUUCAGAACAGAAGGACAAAGUUCAAGCGGCAAAAGUUGGAAGAGGAAGGUUCGGACUCACAACAGAAGAAAAAAGGGACUCAUCACAUUAACCGGUGGAGAAUCGCCACCAAACAAGCCAGUCCAGAAGAAAUCGACGUCACGUCGGACGAUUAAAAAACUGGCACUUUGGGACUUUUCAAGCCAGCCAACGCAUCGAGAGAAAGUGUUAAAGGCUCCCUCACCCCGGCGUGGCGGUGCGGGGAAGGGACACGGAGAGCUUCAUCCAAACGCGAUUCCCGUCUGGAGGGCGGCGGCGAACGGCGGGGGCAGAGCGCGAGGUGCGGAGCGCGGCGCUGCCGGCGCGGCCCUGGCACGGGGAUCUGCCGGGCAGAGCCCAGCGCCGGGACGAGGGAAUGACUGACUGACUGACUGACUGACAGGUAUUCCGUUUCUCGCAGUCCACUUUUAAAAACAUAACGUCAAAAAAAAAAAAAAAAAAAAAAAAAAAGGAUUUUUUUUCCAAAAAAAAAAAAAAAAAAGGAAAAAUCUUAAAAAAAAAAAUCUUAAAAAGAAAAAAAAAAAUUCAAAGAGAUAUUACCACCUUACGGGACGUUUUGCACUUCACAGUUUUGUUGGUUUUUUUUUUCCGUCUUACAAAGAAACAUUUCCAUAAGCAGCCAAAACCCACACCUGUUUCAGAAACUUGAAUUGCAUGUGUGAAGCCGUCUGGGCAAAAAACAAAAAACAAAAAAAAAAAAAAAGAGGAAAAAAAAGAAAAGAAAAGAAAAAAAAAAGGAAAAAAAUUACCCCAGUUCCUAAAGACAGAAAUGAAUGGUAAUUUUUUUCCCCUCUAAGACAGGUUCUGUGUGCUUUUUAAUUUUAUUUUACGAGAAAUGUGCAGUCUGUAAACAUUUUAUGAUAACUUCUGGCGUCAAAGUGUUCGUGAAGGUGAAUGGAGUAGCGGUACCCGGGCGUAGUGUUCCCCGACGGACGGACGGGGGGGCGGGGGGCGGGGGGGGGGGGGGGGGCAGGGAAUGGUCGGAAAUUUGCUGCCAAAAAAAAAGAAAAAAAUCAAAUUAUCCCCCCUCUCCCCCCCCCUCCCCCCCUCCCAACUCUGUCCCCACUGCGAAACCGAAUGCUGAUUAUAUUUUAACGCAAAUAACGCGCAAACCCGGCGACCAGGUUUGGCGGUGGGGAGAAUGCGGAGAUAAAGGACUGAAAAUCGCGGAUUGAGGGUUUUUGUUUGGUUUGGUUUGGUUUGGUUUUUCUCCUAAUGGCCAUUUUCAUUGGGGCAAUUUUCAAGCACUGACCUUAUAAUAUUCCGAGAUCAUAGAGCUACUAAAAAAAAAAAAAAGAAAAAAAGAAAAAAAAAGUGACAAAUGUUUCCUUCAUGUCUUCUAUACCAGAAUGUAAAUAUUUUUGUGUUUUGUGUUUAAUUUGUUAGAAUUCUAACACUCUAUAUACUUCCAAGAAGUAUGUCAUUGUCAAUAUUUUGUCAAUAAAGAUUUAUCAAUAUGCCCUAA